AUGGACCUCUCCGACAGCCAGGCCAAUGUGGCCAUGGAGUUUGCCAAGGAAGUGAGCAGCAGCGCGUUAAAAAAUGGUGCUGCCGUGGCGGGCAUGGUGGGCGAGUAUGUCCAGCGUGGACCAGAAGGGGUUGGCUGGCUUUCCUUUAUGGGUGGAGCCGUUAGCAUCGCCCUCGGUCUUUUGGGCUUCCUCAACAUCGCCGAUCUCAUCUUGGAUCCCUUGGAGUACGUAGUAAAUGGCUACCAGACGGUCUUCGGAGUCGUCGUCUGCCUUCUGGAGGCGCCAGAUGAAUGGAUCACGAGCAACGCCAAGCUCACCCAGGCACGGGACUUCAUCCAGGAGUACGCCAGGUUCCUUUACACCUGUGGUGGGCGCGGUCUUUUCUACCUCUUCCAGGGUACCCUUGCCAUGUCCUUGGACACAUACACGGUCACCUUCAUUGUGGGCUGCUACAUGUGUGGCUUGGGCGUGGUAAACAUUGCGAUGCAGUACGGAUACUUCCAAGAUCCGGCAGCUCCGCGUCGGAACGCAGAUGUCUACAUCCACGUCACGUGA